GUGGCCCCACGGAGCUGGGCCUUGGAGCAGGCACAGCAAUUGCAACAGCUCCGCUUGUGCAACCAUGCUGCCAAGGUCUCUCCGGCGCCGAAACUGCAGAAGAAUGCUCCUCCACUUCCGCAAGCAGAGUCCCUACUCAGGUCCAAAGCACCAAAGAUUUUAGAGAAUGCCAGCACCAACCAUCAGCAUGGGAAGCUUGGGCUCUUCCGUGACGGAAGAUGCUGCAAGCUGGGAGUGGUGCCCUUGCCUGCAAGAGGGCUCUCGAAAAAGGAACAGCUGGAGAGCCACCGUGGCUUCAGCUUCAACAGCCGUGGCAGUGAGGCCGUGGACGUGGACCGCGUGCAGGAGGAUGUGCGCUCAGACUUUUGCAAGGCACGUGAUGAGACCUACCCGUGCAACAUGCCACGAGCGAGUGUCAUCAUGGUCUUCCACAAUGAGCACAUGCCGACAUUGCUUCGCUCAGUACACUCUGUGCUGAAUCUCUCACCAGCACAACUCCUCGAGGAGGUGCUCUUGGUAGAUGAUGACAGUCGACCUGAGCCAGAGAAGUUCGCUGAAAGGCAGUGGCAGCGACUCCAAGGCGAAUUGGAGGAAUACUUGCUGGAACUUCCGAAGGUCUCACUGCUGCGGCUCCGGGAGCGUCGCGGUCUGAUGAAAGCAAGGAUGGAAGGCAUUUGGCGAGCACGUGGCGAGGUGAUAAUUUGCUUGGACAGCCAUGUAGAGGCCACACCCGGUUGGCUGGAGCCGCUCUUGUGGCGGAUCUCCGAGGACCGUACGAGACUAGUGGUGCCCAGCAUUGACGGCAUCGACACUGAGGAUUUCAGCUAUGCCGUCUAUGGUUUGGGCCUGGUGAGCUUCAACUGGCUGCUGAACCAAAAGCCUCGCGAACGGCCCGAGGGUGAGGAUUCCAUGGCGCCCUCGACCGUGUUGUGCGGCGGUCUCUUCGCCGUGGACCGAGCCUGGUUUCUCCAUUUGGGAGGCUAUGACCCUGAACUCCAGAUCUACGGUGGUGAGGAGAUGGAGAUCGGUUUCAGCGCAUGGCAAUGUGGUGGCUCUGUGGUCCACGAGCCGUGUAGCCACGUCGGCCACAUUUGGAGAUCUCAACGCUACUGGUCAGAGCAGGUCUACGAGAUUGAUGUUAACGAAGUCGUGCGGAACAGGCUACGCGUUGCCGAAGUUUGGAUGGAUGAGUACAAGACGCUCGUCCAAUUGGCUGGACCUGGUCUCAUCAAUGGCCGCACCAUUGGAGACGUGAGUGCCCGAAGAAAAUUACGAGAAAGGUUGGGAUGCAAAACGUUCGACUGGUUCCUGGACAAUGUGGCCACAGAGAUCUAUGCUCCUCGCCUAUCUCCAGUCGAUGCUGGCAAAGGAAGCCUUCGAAGUUUGAACGGCCAAGCCUGCGUGGAUACAAAUAAGCAGGACAUGGUCGGGGGCCAAGUUGGAGCUGCUCCUUGCAAGAAUGAGUUCGGAAAUCAGGAGCUAGAGAUUGAGUCGACCGGAAAUGUGAGGCUGCCCUUUACCGGUUUUUGCUUGGGACCAGCCAAGGACUGCCCCUCCGAGCGUUUGGAGGGAGUCCGUUGCCGCGCAGUGCUGUCAGACUGCGCAGGAACCGAAGGCUUGUGGACGUGGUCAGUGCCAGUGACGUCCCGGAAAGGUAUUGGUCGAUUGAUGAUUGAAAGCUCUAGACUUUGCUUGGAGUUGGUGAACCAGAACUUUCUCCAUUUUGACUUGCAGCUUGCGCCUUGUCAAAGUGAAGAUGCCGAAGACCAACUUUGGCUCUGGGAUGACUUGGUGAGAAGUCAGGAGCUUUGA